GUAGAACCGUAGAAGUAACCAACAUAUAUAACGCACCCAUCUUCCGGCCUCGGGCGAGAAAACAAUCGACCAUUCCCUUCUCCGGUAAGCAUUCAAAACCUCAAACACCAUAUGAAGCGCAAGAAAUGGUCGGAGAUGGAAGAGCAGACCCUUCUGACCAAGUACUCGGAGCUCCGAAGCUCAGGAGCGUUGGCCAAGCUCAAGACCCGAGAGAAGAAAUUCAAGCCCGUGGCGGACCACGUUAAUGCGGUACACCACCUCCAGGACCCAGCCAGCUUCCCAUUCAAGUGGACCUGGCGGGACGUAUCCAUCAAGGUCCAGAACAUGCGCCACCAGUACCUGGGCGUGAAGCAGAAGAUCCGGAUCUCCAAGGACGAGUUCAACUGGAAAGAUGGGGAGAAUCACUGGGUCAAUUUCUUGAAGUACAAGGAGGUGUUUGGGGAUGUGGAGCUCGACGCCAAGGGCAAGAGGCUGUGUGAGAAUAUUGAUGUUUUUGGGGAUUGUGGGGAUUUGGGGUUUGGGAUUGAUUCUGAGGAUUUGGAGGAAAAGGAGCAAGAAGACGAAGAUGAGGAUAAAGGAGAUGAAGACGACGAAGAAGAAAAUGACUGUAGUGGUGGUGAUGAUGCCAAUGGUGGCGGUGGUGAUGGUGAGCAAAUUGCGAGGAGUGAUGGUGAAUUUGUAGGUGAGAGGGGAAUUGGGGAAAUGGUUUUUGCUCGGAUGAAGAAACCGAAGAAGGGUUUGGGAGUAAAUCGGAGAUUGGAAUUAAUGGGUGCAAAAGUUUCGGAGUUGAGGGAUGUGGUGGUGAAGAGGGAGGAGAGGAAAAGAGAGAGGGAGUUUCGGCGAGAGAAGGACGAGGUAGAGAGGGAAGAAAAGAGGAAAGAGGCGCAUUUGAGGUCGGUCAAGCGGCAAUAUGAGAGAAAAGAAUGGUUGGAGAAUAGGGAAUCGGAGUUGGAAGAGAGGGAGUUGAUGUGGGCAAGGAGGGAAUCUGAGAAGAGGUUGAGAUUGGAAAGGGAAUUCAGUGAGGAGCGGCGGAGAAGGAUGAGGAUGGAGGAGGAGAGGGAAGAGGAGGAGAUGGAGUGGAGGGAGAGGAUGGUGGGGUUGCAGAUUGAGCAUGAGAAGCAAAUGAUGCAAAUGCACGCUGAGGCGUGCCAGAACCAAAUGCAGGUUCUCGGGGUGAUGGCUCGGCUUGUUUGCCAGUUUUAUGGGUCGGCGAGUGAUGGGUUGGGUGGUGCAUUGGGAGCGUUGCCGCCUCAAGUUUUGCAGCAUCCAGGGGGAUUGGGCGAUAACGGGAAGCCUGAUGCCAAUUCGCCUUCUGAAUUCAUGUUUUGGUCCUUAGACUUUUAUGCUAACUUGUGGAAACUAGAGGAGAAAAUGAAGAUAUUAGUGUUCUGGAAAAAGUAUUAAUCUUUUGAGAAAUCUUCUGGAAACAAAUUUGUUGAAGCAUAGGUAAAAGUGCUGGAGAUAUUUGUAAAAUAAAAAAGGCACUUGUUUGUGCGGCAAGGACGGUUCGUUGAUUCCUGAAGCAGUAAUUUCCUCUCUGACUUCAUUUUAAGUUGCUAAAAUAGUCUUAUUAUUGCUGUUUCUAACCAUCUUUCCAAGACAUACACUGGAAAUAUCCUGAUUGCUGUGAACCCACUUCAAAAAUUACCACAACCAACACCACAUGGAGCUACCAUCUAAGAGGCCUCUAUGAAUUUGAAUUUGACCAAAGUGUGAGACUGAGUGCCUUAGCACCAUAUUUCUUGGCCGGGGCAUUAUUGGGUUGAGUUUACGAGAAAUUGGACCCUCGCAAGUUUGUAGUUUUAGUCAUGCAGAUUUUACCUUUUUUGGAAAUUCCUAUGGAACAGAACUUGCUCAAAGCUCCUUGCUUCGAAAGCAUCCUAAGUUGAACUAUGAAGAAAGCUAAUUGUCAAGAAUCACUGUAAAAUGAUCAACAAGUAGGUUAUCGAUGUAGGGAUGGUCAGGCCUUCCUCCCCUCCUAGAGGUUGCUCCACUUCUUCAUCCGUUGAGGGUAAUAGCUUCUCCCAAUCUCGGGAUUGGCCGAUCGGUUUUGAUCAUAACGGGGAGAUUGUGGUUUGGGAGGAGGACGUUGAUCUUUGGGAUGUGUCGCCUUUGGAUUGGGCGCUAGAGGAUGCUUUUGGGGACGAGGCGUUGGCUAUUCGGGAUGCCAUGGAAGAAGAAUUUCAGCGUGACAAGAUGAUAUCGCGCCAAAAGUCUAAAGGAAAGAGGGAGCUUCUAAAUCUGCAUAGCUCUAUCAACUAUGGCGACGAUAAAUCUUCCGCUAGGCGUAGGAUAGGAAAGGACUUCAUGUUGUAGAGUUGUGUGCCUUUAUUGCUUGGAUGGGUUUGUGGGUCAUCCAUCGGGUUCGGUUUUUGCUUGGUUUAUUUUGACGAGUGUUUCUCUUGGGUUUUUCUCGGGUUCUGGGGUUUUUCCUUUGGGUUUUGGGGGUCCUGUUGGGGUAUUGGGGUUGGGUUCGGUGUUCCUUAUAUGCUUGUUAGGGGUUUUCUUGUGGGUUUCCUGUGGGUUUCUUGUGGGUUUUCUUAGGUUUUUAUGUGGAUUAGCUGAGUUUGCUUAUAUGUAUA